UUCUCCAUCAGUUAGGCAUUUAUAACUGAGUUGAUGCACAACACAAGAGUUCACACUCACAAUAUCCUCUAACCACAUUCUUCCGAUCCAAAACCAUUACAAGCAAUCAUUAUGUCAACUCAAACUUCACCGGAAAAUCUCACCAUCGAUCCCUACAAGCACCUCCGCAUCAUCCCUCUCUCUGAUGGCACCAUUACUCGCUUACCAGAAAUUACAAACUUAUUGCCCAGACCUCAACACCCUAUUCCUAUCCUCACCAAAGACAUCACCAUUAAUCAAUCAAAUAACACAUGGGCCCGGAUAUUCCUACCCCAACAAACACUAGAUUACACUUCCUCCCACACCAAGCUUCCUCUUAUUGUUUGGUUCCACGGAGGAGGGUUCAUACUUUUCAGCGCAGCUUCAACCUUUUUUCACGAUUAUUGUGCAAGCCUUGCUAUUGAGCUCACUGCUGUUGUCGUUUCCAUAGAGUAUCGCCUCGCCCCCGAGCACCGUCUUCCAGCUGCCUAUGAGGACGCUGUGGAGGCAUUACACUGGAUUAAAUCAAGCCCUGAUGAGUGGUUGAGAGACUUUGCUGAUCUCAGAAAAUGUUUCCUUAUGGGGGCUAGCGCCGGCGCUAAUAUAGCUUACCAUGCUGGACUACGAGUAGCUGAGACAGUCGAACAUCUAGAGCCCUUAAAGAUUGAAGGGCUAAUAUUGCACCAACCCUUCUUCGGUGGGUCAAAGAGGACUGAAUCGGAAUUGAGGAUGAUGAACGAUCCCAUUUUACCACUUUGUUCCAAUGAUCUGAUGUGGGAAUUAGCUUUGCCAAUUGGUGCUGACCGUGAUCAUGAGUUUUGCAAUCCAACGGUGAAGGGAGAUUCAAAGGCGCUGACUAAAAUGAGGCAGUUAGGGUGGAGGAUCUUCGUUCAUUGGGGUGAUAGAGAUCCUCUGAUGGAUCGUCAAGUUUUGUUGGUAAAAAUGCUAAGAGAGAAAGGUUUAGUAGUUGUGAAUCAUUCUUCGGAGGGACAUUUUCAUGGGGUAGAGUUAGUUGAGCCCUCCAAAUGCACGGGCCUGUAUGUGGCUUACAAAAGUUUUAUAUCAUCUUCAGUGCUUGCCUAGGCUGUGAUAUACUCCUUCUCUAUCUCUAAUAAGUUCGUGUAACAGUUAUUUAAAAAAAAAAAAAAAAAGGACAUAAUCAUUAAUCAGCAUUUUCCCUUGUUA